UCUUCCUCCCUCCACCUUCAGCGGAGCGAAUGAAAACAAACAGUAACGAUGGCGGCGUCGGGAAGCGACCGGCUGCUGGGCUCUAGGCAGGGGUGACUGAGUUGUGAGGGGAACCUUGAAGAACGCCCGUUGACGUGAGCGCGACAAGUUGUGCAGUACUGGGAGCGAAACACCUGAGACCUGCGAGCGACCAGCCUCCUAAGGCGUGAGGUAACUCUGCGACCUGUGCUGUCACUGCAGCUGCGGAGCGCGGACCCCUCAACCAGGAGGCGCAGCUGGUCGUCCCCAAGCCCCGGCCUUCGUAAUGAGAACCCCGAGCCACUCGCUGUGUCACAGCCUCGCAGGUGAGGGUGACUGUUGAAUAGUGAAAAAAGGGACUCAAGGUUUACGGCUAUCUUCUUACUGGCAGUGGAGCGACGUGUGGAAACCUGCGAUCCAUUCUCAUUAAAUAAAUCUCUGGAUUCUUAUAGGCAAUGGAAACUGAUCUCAAUUCCCAGGACAGAAAGGACUUGGACAAGUUCAUUAAAUUUUUUGCCCUCAAGACUGUCCAAGUGAUUGUCCAGGCUCGACUUGGUGAGAAGAUUUGUACUCGUUCAUCUUCAUCCCCAACGGGUUCAGAUUGGUUCAAUUUAGCAAUCAAAGACAUCCCAGAGGUUACCCAUGAAGCAAAGAAGGCACUGGCAGGGCAGCUGCCUGCUCUUGGGAGAUCUAUGUGUGUGGAGAUUUCACUCAAGACUUCUGAGGGAGAUUCCAUGGAGCUAGAAAUUUGGUGUCUUGAAAUGAAUGAAAAGUGUGAUAAAGAAAUAAAAGUUUCUUACACGGUAUACAACAGACUGUCAUUGCUGUUGAAGUCUCUCCUUGCUAUAACUAGAGUGACACCGGCUUACAGACUCUCCAGGAAACAAGGUCAUGAAUAUGUCAUAUUGUACAGGAUAUAUUUUGGGGAAGUUCAGCUGAAUGGCUUAGGAGAAGGUUUCCAGACAGUUCGUGUUGGGACAGUGGGCACCCCUAUGGGCACCAUCACUCUUUCUUGUGCUUACAGAAUUAACUUGGCCUUCAUGUCCACCAGGCAAUUUGAAAGGACCCCACCUAUCAUGGGGAUUAUCAUUGAUCACUUUGUGGACCGUCCCUAUCCCAGCUCCUCGCCUAUGCACCCCUGCAAUUACAGAGCUGCUGGUGAGGACACUGGAGUAACAUAUCCUUCUGUGGAAGAUUCUCAAGAAGUGUGUACCACUUCUUUUUCCACCUCCCCUCCAUCCCAGUGUGUAUUUACUGUCACAAAGGCACAUUUUCAGACCCCUACUCCUGUGGUGACGGACACCCUGAGGGUCCCCAUGGCAGGACUGGCCUUUUCCCAUCAACUCUCAAGCUCUCGUCUUUCCUAUCAGCUUGCUGCCCUGGGAGUUGGAUCAGCUGACCUGGCUAAUCCAGUAGCGUUUGCUGCUGGCUUAAAUGCUACACACCCUUACCAGCUAAUGGUUCCUGGGAAGGAAGGUGGGGUGCCCCUUGCUCCCAACCAGCCUACCCACGGUGCCCAGGCUGACCAGGAGAGAUUGGCAACCUACAUCCCUUCUGACGGGGCCCAUUGUGCUGCCACACCUUCCAGCAGUGAGGAUACUGAAACUGUAUCAAACAGCAGUGAGGGACGGGUUUCCCCCCACGAUGUCUUGGAGACCAUCUUUGUCCGAAAAGUGGGAGCUUUUGUCAACAAAUCCAUCAGCCAGGUGACUCUGACCAGUUUGGACAUACCCUUUGCCAUGUUUGCUCCCAAGAAUUUAGAGCUGGAGGAUGCCGAUCCCAUGGUGAAUCCUCCAGAUUCCCCAGAGAUUGAAUCUCCUCUCCAGGGCAGCCUGUGCUCUGAUGGUUCCAGUGGGGGCGGCAGUGGCAAUGCCCAUGACGAUUUUGUCAUGAUCGACUUCAAACCAGCUUUUUCUAAAGAUGACAUUCUUCCAAUGGACUUGGGGACCUUCUACCGUGAAUUUCAGAACCCCCCUCAGCUGAGCAGCCUGUCCAUAGAUAUCGGGGCACAGUCCAUGGCUGAGGACUUGGACUCACUACCAGAGAAGCUGGCUGUGCAUGAGAAGAAUGUCCGAGAAUUUGAUGCCUUUGUAGAAACCCUGCAGUAAAAGUUGAUGUCCUUGAGUACCAGCAGCAUCCCCUUCUUGUGAUCCCAGGAGACAGAGCCUCCCACUCAUCAGCUGCUUCCAUCCCUCAUCCUCCUCCAUGCCAGGUGGAAGAGAGGCUGAUUUCCCCCAUGGGAUCCAGAAGUCCCUGCUCUUUCACCAUCUGCAGAUUCCAUGGCAGCACUCAAGCCCAGUAAUAGCAUUUGAGAGGACUCACCCUCUGGCAUUGGAAAUGGGAAGACCCUUUGUAACAAGAGGGCCUUCAGCAGGGCCAUCUGCUCACACCAUCUGCCAGCAACUGCCUCACAAAGGCUGUCACCCCAUUCCUUUUGGCUCCUCCUGCAGCUGGCCCUUGCCUGCCUGCUGUUACCACUAACUACUUGACAUUCCUGUUGGUGGCACAGAGACCGUGUGGAGACAGUGCUGGCAGGAAAAAGGAGGGCCUCCUGCAGGCUUUCUUUUGUUGUUCCCUUUAGUUUGGCAUCUUCUUCCUCCCUCCCUCCCUCUCUUUGCACCUAUGCCUGUACUUUUGGCAGUAUGGCAGUCCUUCUGCCCAAAGCAAUGAGAACUCCAAGGUCCACCGUUCCCCUAGCCCCACCCCUUAUAAGAGCGCCUGCACAGCCCUGGUGGCUGCCUUUGCUCAGCAUCUCCUCUAUGUGCAAACAGAAUCCUGUGUCUCUAGGAGUCUAUCACUGAGUCACAGCAAAGAUUCUCUUCUCUCUCCUUCCUCCCUCUGUUGCUGCUCCUUGGUAAUAUAGAACACAGUAAAUAUUUAUUACUUUCAGAGAAAUCAGAUAUUUUAUAGAGAAAAUAUGUUUGAGGUUAGCUGUUUUCACUUGGGGAAGGUGGAGAAGCUCUUUCUGAGGCAGGCCUCCACCUGUAGAGUUCCUUAGCUUCUGGGUUGCUGCUCUGAAGAUCUUACUUCUCAUAUAUAUCAGGUGGGAUCCAAGAAUAAGGCUGGCUUAGGGCAACAGAACCUUCUAGAAUCACACUGCAUUUGAACUGACAAUAGGCAUUACCUUGGACACCAACAUAUUCCUGGUGAGAGCCUUGAGUCUCUCACAGCUUCUGUAGAAUUGACUGACUCCUUUUUGGCAGCCCAGGAAGUCUUGGAUGCUAAAUGUGAUGAUUCCUCAGAGUUGUGCUACAUAUAGUACCCAGAGGGGCAUUGUAUAUGCCCCACUGAGGCCCUGGGGAAGACCAGACAGGCCUUUCCUUCUGGAAUACUUGUUCCUGUUUCUUGGGGCUGGAUUAUGGGCUUUUUCCUCCUGCCUGUACCUGGCCACCACCUUCUUUUAAUCCUAGGGUCUGUACCCUGCCGUAAGGUUUAUGGUUGGAUUGAUUCCUUGUUGAGAAACCAAAGCUGGGCAUACAAUUGACUUAAUUCUUCAGGUAUUGUUGAGUAAGUCAAGUGCCUAGCCUCACCCACCUACCAUCUGUCCCUCUCCCUAACAGGUAGUCCUGGCCAAGGAAAUGUAGGCCUGCCCUACUCUUCCUGGGGCCCCUGGGGUAUUCAUUGGUAGCAGCUUCUCUGCCAGGGAGCAGGUGGCCCUCAGUCUUUUGUUAGUAAAUGCAUGUGUUACGUUGUUCUCAUCAAAAGGCUGCACUCUGAGGGCUGGAAUGAGUUCUUAUGCUGUCUCAGGUAGGCUGAGCCCUGCCCCUGUCCAUGCACUCUGCUGCCACAAAUGUUCCCAGCAGUGAUGUCCAACUGGCUUUAUCUUUGGGCCAGAGCACAGUGAUGGCCUGCUAAUCCAAUCCAGGUUUAUUCCCAAGGCCCUAGUGCUGAAAAGGCCGAAAGCCCUAUUAAGUUAUUGAUUGUUCUAUCCCUCUCUUCCCUACCCCAGUAUCUCAGCCACUGCCCUCCUUCAAGGCCAAGUGUGGAAAGGCCUGUUAGCCAUUGUUCUGUUUGCCUCCUAAUUGUUGGCCUCUGUAGGCAGCAGCCUUUCUUCAGGACCCCAUCAGUGAGAGACCAGGGAGGCUGAGCCCUGACUUUGAGCUGAGCCUGGUUGGAGCAGAUAAACUGUCAAGGCCGGCCCUUGCCCCUCGGCCCUGUACAAUAAAAGGUAUGAGCCCCAGACUGACUUCUACAGCACCCCCAGGACAGAGCUGGGACCAGUCAUCUGUCUCCAGGUAGCAGGGUCUCUCCCCUUCUGCCUACCUACCUUGUUUGAAAAUACUGAGCUAUACUUUAAUGUAUUCAUGAGAUUUCCAAUAAAAUUUUUUCUGUACUGUA